CUUCUUCCACGGCGGUCAAGAGAGAGAGGCGCAAACGAAGAAGAGAAAGAAGGAAGAGGAAGAAGAAAAAACUUUGUGUGCUAUAGCUUGAGAUUCGCUCGCUCGAAAUUUCCGCUGGUGCGCCUCGCGUUUAAAGAAAUCACUCUUUCCUCCCUUUGGAAAUUGGAAGAAAGGCGUCGAUUUUCUUGGGGAUCUCGAUGGUUUUGGCGUCCGGUGGGAGCUCACAUUGCGAGGAAUUCGAUUUGGUGUGGCGGAGGAGUUGUGAUCGGCGGCGAGGAAAUCUAGCGUGAGAGUUGCUGCCGAGCGAUCCAGAGAGUAGUAUAAGGGAGAUGGGGCGAGCUCCCUGUUGUGACAAAGCGGGGCUCAAGAAGGGGCCGUGGACGCCCGAGGAGGAUCAAAAGCUCGUGGCUUACAUCCAGAGGCACGGGCAUGGGAGCUGGCGAGCAUUGCCCAAGAAUGCUGGGCUCCUGCGAUGUGGGAAGAGCUGCCGGUUGCGAUGGACGAAUUACCUCCGCCCGGACAUCAAGCGCGGGCGAUUCUCGGUCGAGGAGGAGGAGAUGAUCAUCCGGCUCCACGCGAUUCUCGGCAACAGGUGGUCUGCGAUUGCCGGGCAUCUCCCAGGAAGAACAGACAACGAGAUCAAGAACUACUGGAACACCCACCUCAAGAAGCGAUUGCUCCAGAUGGGCAUCGAUCCGGUCACGCACAAGGCGGCAGCCGCGGCGCGCAUUGGAAUGGGGAUCAUGGAGCACUGCCUCUUGGAUCAUCACCACGCCACCCUCUUCUCCAAGCCCGCGAGCUUCCUCUUCUCCUCCCACCUCUCCGCGGCCAAUUCCACCUCCUCCUCCACCUCCUCGGCCAACUCCUCGUCACACAUGGCACAGUGGGAGAUCGCGCGCCAGGAGGCCGAGGCGCGCCUCGCCCGCGAUUACAUCCGCCUCGCCCAGCAGCAGCAGCAAUCGCAAGGCCAGAGCGACGACCACGAGCUCCACCAGCAUUUGUGGACGAUGCCAGCGCUAGAUCACGGGAAUUCCUCGCCAUCCUCGCAGCUCCAGAGCUCGGAUCUGGCCUCGCAGCUCCAAUUCCAGUUGCAGCUCCAGCAAUUCCACCACAAUCACGCGUCCCCGACCUCGACGCUGUGGUCUCCGGAGGGAUCCGCGAGCCCGCCCAGCUCCACCACUACUCUGUUCGCCCCGGAUCAAUCCGUGGAUAGCAGCGGCUUCUUCUGCUGGAAUCACGCGCCCAAGCGCGAGGUGGAGGGCAGCGACGAGAUCCUGGCUGGGAUGGGAGGAAUUCUCCCGGGUUUGUCCUCGGUGGUGAGCCCUGCCAGUGGGUUGGGCGAGGUGUUUGAUCCUCUCACGGAUUGCGAGCUCCAAGACCACAAGCAGGAGACUCUGGCCGUGCUCGAGUGGCCCGAUGCCGGCCCAUCGCACAGCAAAGAUUACUGGAGCAACGUCUUGAAGCUGGUCGGAUCAUCGUGAUCCAUCACACCAACCAUGGUUUUUCUUUCUUU